AUGGCUGACUACAAUAAAUUGGCUACACUAAUGGCGACACACCAAGACAUGGCCAUUUUCCGAGCAUUUUCGUCGUUAAAUGUUCAAAAUAUAUUAUGCUUACAGGCCGAAUUGACCCAUCUCGAAGCUGAGUUAGCAGAUAUAGCUAUCGCGAACAAGACCUCAGGAGACAGGGAAAAGAUGGCUUUCCAGUAUUCAUUCUUUGACUUGAAGGGCUCUGGUAACACAAAUAACGACCUGCAAUGGCGGAAAGUUGUCGAAAUCCGCGGCGUUCUGGAAGCAUAUAGUUACCUUUUUCCCGAAGACACAGCGCUUCUUCAAUUUGCUCAAUUGCAACAGCUGUCGAAGCCGACCACAAGUAAUCUGAGUGUAUUAAAAGAGUGGUUGGAGCGACCUGAAGGUGGCGAUUUCUUCUUGCGAGGUAGAGAAGCUGAGAUGUGGGACAACGGCCGAGACACCAUCACGACAUCAAGUUUGCGUGCCGAGCACGACAGCCUCACAAAGCUCAUUAUUAAUAGACCCAAGAUGCGCAACGGCGAAGAGUGGAAUGGGCUUUGGUAUUAUGACGAUGCCGUGAUCGUCACGAUAGCCAACAUCACAAGUAUCGCACUCUCAUCGAUACUACCAGCACUCUCCGUACUAGCUCUUUACGUGGCAGGGUCACGCGCGGAGCUAGACAUUACGAUAUGCUGUGGCAGUCAAGAGUCUGCGAAGACAACUCCAGCGAUCGCGGACAAGUCGCUAUCUGUCAGCAUGAUCUCUAAGAGUCUUGUUCAAUACCUGCGGUGUAAGGUCAAGAAUUGUCAAAAAAGAGAGGAGCGCGACCACAAGGGAAACCCACGCGUUCUGGAGCAGUAUGUCGAGCUGAGCUGGCAUAAAGCGGGGGAAGCAGCAAUGGUAUUUCCAGAAAAAUUCUACAUUCUGGACUAUUGCCAACCGCUCGUAAUCCUUGGGAAGACUGCCCACAGUGGCAACUCUUCAGGUUCGGAGAUCGGUGUGAUCGCUAUGAAACCUCAAGCCGACGAUGAAGACGAGAAACAAGAGCAAGACCGUAAACGUAAGGAAGCCCAAGAACGCAACGCCAAAGAGAAGGAGAUACAGAAAAGCAAAGAGAAGGAGAAGCAACAGCAAAGCAAGAAGGGCUAG